AUGGUGCUCGAGUUCAUCCGCGACAACGCCGUCGAGGGGACCGAGAAUUUGGCGAAGCGCGAGCGUGUUGUGCUGUGCACUGACGACGCCCAGGACUUUCAGAUCUGGCAGCAGUUCGUAGAAUCCUACAGGUGCGCGGCGGACCGCCUCGACCGACUCGAAGGUGAGCGCGUGGUGGGGAGGUCGCGCAAGAAGAAACGGAGAGACAGCGUUGUGGACCGUCACGACGAGACAACAAGUGAAGACUUAGGNGCGCAAGAAGAAACGGAGAGACAGCGUUGUGGACCGUCACGACGAGACAACAAGUGA